CUUAAAGAAGAGCCCUAUUUGGAAGUUGAUGCCAAAAUUAUGUGGACCCUUUGAGAUACUCAAACGGAUUAUGGAAGUGGCAUACGAGUUAAAGUUGCCUGAAACGUCCCAGUCUUUCAUGUAUCAUUGUUGAAGAGGCAAGUGGGAAAUCAAGAUAGGGUGGUGAGUGAACUGCCAUCCAUGAAGGAAUCCGGAGAGCUACUAUUGACUCCGGUGAAAUUGUUAGCUCGACGAAUGAUCAAGCGAAAUAAUGGUGCAGUUGGGCAUAUGCUGAUUUAGUGGGCCCAUCUUUUAGAGGAAGAAGCAACGUGGGCAGACGGCGAAGAGAUUCUGCGCAGGUUUCCCUCGUUUCAGCCAUGAGGUCAUGUGUUUAAAGAUGGAAGGUUUGUAACGAUUAUGACCGUUAGUCACAAACGGUGUCGUUUUGAUAUAAGGAAAUAAGAGGAAGAAGAGCGUUAUUCACUUACAAAGGCGCGUUUCUUUAUACGAGGAGAGAGGAAGAGGAGCUCAAUCAUAAAGAGGAGCUCAAUCAUAAGCACCACAAAAUUCAGUUUCCAAUUUUCUUAUUGUAAUUCUCUGUUCUUAACAUUCUCGCCACGCAAGCUUUGGUAUCUCCGCCUCAUUUCUGGAUUUUGGGUUACCGUAUUUACCCCUGAUUCCGUCGCCUAUUUCUUCCGAAAUAUUGAAAUUUCUCCACCUUGUUGGCGAACGGUGGUUCGUCUUUCAACAUUUCAAACAUAAUGUCGGCGGUUUCGAAUUUUUCGUGCCGGCAUUGUGCAGUUCGACCUGUAUUCUGGUCAAAUAAUCGGUCCGAUUUGGCGUCAUGGAUAAAUCCAAGACCUCUGAAAUUCAAGAUCCCGAGGCAGCUUGCCGAGGUGAUUUUUCCUUCUCUCUUCUUCCUCGUUGCAUUUACAUUUCUUCAGGUGACCUUGAAUCACUCGAGAAGGGUGUCUGUGUCUCCAAGCAUACGGAUGACAAUGAUAGAUGAGAGGAUCGAGGAUAGGAGUACUAUUGUCAAACCUGCUGACAUUUUGGCAUAUGAUCUUGUUCAAGGAGCAGAUGUGAGGUGGAGUUACAUCUUGGACAAAACGAUGCCUCAGCCUCCAACUGCUGUUCUUUUGCAUGGUAUCCUAGGCAGCAGGAAAAACUGGGGAACUUUUGCUAAGAGAUUGGCCCAAGAGUUUCCUAAGUGGCAGUUUCUCCUCGUAGACUUGCGUUGUCAUGGUGAUUCAGCAUCUCUAAAGAAAAGAGGGCCUCAUACUGUCGCUUCAGCUGCUCUUGAUGUUCUAAAGCUUCUUGGUUCUCUGAAGCUAACUCCCAGAGUUGUAGUUGGUCACAGCUUUGGUGGUAAAGUUGCCUUGAGCAUGGUGGAUCAGGUUCCAAAACCUCUCGCUCGGCCUGUUAGAGUUUGGGUUUUAGAUGCUACACCUGGAAAAGUUCGAGCAGGUGCAGAUGGAGACGACCAUCCUGCCGAACUCAUCUCUUUCCUGAGUAAUUUGCCUAAAGUGGUCUCUUCCAAACGGGAUAUCAUGGAUGGUCUUAUUAAGGAUGGCUUCUCAAAAGAUGUUGCGCAGUGGGUGGUAACUAACCUUCGGCAGACCAAGGUUAAUGGAGAAUCACGGUCAAGCUUCUCUUGGGUGUUCGAUCUCAAGGGUAUUGCUGAGAUGUAUCAAUCAUACGAAGAUACAAAUCUUUGGAAGCUCGUAGAAGAUGUCCCACGAGGUGUACACAUAAACUUUCUGAAAGCAGAGAGAAGUUUGCAUAGGUGGGCUUUGGAAGAUCUUCGAAGGAUCCAUGUUGCUGAGGAACAAGCUGCUCAAGAGGGAGCUGGCGUCGAAAUGCAUGUCCUUGAAGAUGCUGGUCACUGGGUACAUGCUGACAACCCUGAUGGGCUUUUUAGAAUUCUUUCAUUCUCGUUCCAAGGAUUUUAGGUAUACGUAUUUUUACAUGGUGGUACUUUCGAAGCUGGUGCUUAACUCGUGCAACCAUUUUGAAGAGAUAGUGAUGUUCCUGUGUGUGAAGAAAUUGAGAUUGCAGUGAUCAAGAAUGAAAGUGGAGAUGGUUAGAGUAAGUUACAUAUAUAAAUAUAUAGUUGCAUUGACAAAUCUAAAUGCUUCAUGCGAUUUGAACAUGUAAGAACACAUAAAAUAGAAGGAAGAAUUGCAGAGUAAUGCCAUUAUAGACAUCUGAUUAUUAUUAUUUUUUGUAAUGAGUAUCACAUUGUGACAACUAGUAUUUUUUUACAAUCCAUGUUACUUA